AUGGCAAUCGACAACAGCAUUCGCGAACAAGGAGACUCUUCCCAGAGAACCUCCUCAGAUAGGCGCGAUGACGACAUUGAGGAGUAUGCCGACAUCAUCCCUGCGAGGUCCAAAACUGCCAAAGGAGAUGAUUCAUCGCAACCAAGCUUGGCAAAGCUUCCAUCAGGAGUCCUCAAUUACCAAGACGAUCCAGUGGCUCGUAAUCAAUCUAAUGUGGAAGUGCCCUACGAGAUAUACAACCGGUUUUCAAAGCACCGCAAGCACAUCACUGUUGCCGUCAUUUCCUGGUGUGGUUUGUUGUCACCAAUCUCUAGUACGGCGGUUCUGUCAGCACUCCCUGAAGUUGCAGCCGAGUACAAGACUAGCGGAGAUAUCAUCAGUCUUAGCAAUGCGUUGUAUCUUGUCUUUAUGGCCAUUAGCCCCUGCUUUUGGGGGCCAUUGAGCCAAGUGUACGGCCGAAAAUGGGCAAGUAGUUUCUCUACAGACACCACUUCUCAUUCCGCGACGAGUUCAUUGUCAACUAGCCGUCGCCUGUUCAUCAAGACGUGUAUGGUGACAGCUUCAUUGUUUUUGGGGUGCUCGAUCGGCACAGCACUCAGCCCCAACGUCCCGGCUUUCUUCGUGUUUCGCAUCCUGACCGCUUUUGCCGGAACAUCGUUCCUCGUCACCGGUCCUGCAGUGAUUGGCGAUUUGUAUCAUCCUACAGAACGCGCGACUGCGAUGGGUUGGUUCUUAUCCGGCACACUCAUUGGACCGACGAUUGGCCCAGUCCUCGGAGGUAUUAUUGUGACCUACACAUCUUGGCGCGCCAUCUUCUGGCUUCAAACCGCGCUCGCAGGUGUCGGCGUUGGAGGUGCCAUAUUGUUCAUGCCAGAGACGCUGCAAGAACUGAAAAAGGCAGGCCUCGAAGGGCUUGCAUUCAGUAAAAAGGUCAGGGUGUUAUGGGGCAUGACGAACCCGGUCAGAGUUGUUCGACUAUUCAAGUUUCCGAACCUCAUCCUGGUGGCAAUCGCCAGUGGCUCGCUCGUAUGGAACAUGUACGGCAUGCUGACCCCGAUCCGAUACGUUCUCAACCCUCGUUUCUCUUUGACGUCGCCGGCACAAUCGGGCCUAUUCUACUUGGCUCCGGGCUGCGGCUAUCUUGCCGGUACCCUCGUAGGUGGCCGCUAUGCCGAUUAUACAGUUCGGCGCUGGAUAGCCGAGCGACACGGACGACGCAUUUCCGAAGACCGGCUGCGCUCUUGUCUUCCCUUCUUGGGGGCCGUUCUGCCGGGAUGUAUGCUCAUUUACGGAUGGACAGUCCAGCAGCGCGUUGGUGGCAUUGCUGUACCUGUCGUUUUCAUGUUCCUCGGAGGUGUAUCACAGCUGUUCUGUUUCCCCAGUCUGAACACAUACUGCUUGGAUGUGAUACAGGGACGCAGCGCGGAGGUGAUUGCGGGCAACUUUAUGAUCUUUGCCACGUACCUGAGCGAAGGAGAAAAUUCGGAAGAUAUGAUGGCGAACAAAAUCAAAGUCGCCAUAGCCGGCGCUACCGGGAACACAGGCUCUUCCAUUGUGAAUGCGCUGCUGAAGAGUCCCGAACUCUUCGAAGUUACAGCUCUAGCGAGACCCUCCUCGAUAAAGAAGCCCGAGCUCGUUGAGUUUGCAAAGCAAGGCGUCCACGUUAAGGCGAUUGAACUAGAUGGGCCAACAGAGGCAAUUUCCGGAGUUCUCACUAACAUGGACGUCGUCAUCUCGUGCUUGACCUUGUUCACAUUUCAGGAGGAGAUGAAUCUUAUCGAAGCAUCGAGCAAGGUUAACGUUGGUCGAUACAUUCCAAGCUUUUGGGGCCCGAUCUGCGCACCCCGAGGCGUGAUGAUGCUCAGGGAUAAGAAACAGGAGUUCGUUGACCGUAUCUGGGACCUCCAUCUGCCUUAUACCAUCAUCGACGUUGGAUGGUGGUAUCAGCUGACAUUGCCUGCCCUACCUUCAGGCAGAUUUCGCCCAAUGGUAGAAGAAUACUGCACCACGCGUGUGAUCGGGGACGGCAAUACCCCUUGGGCACUUACCAACAAUCGUGACAUUGGAAAUUUUGUCAGCCGAAUCAUCGCCGAUCCGAGGACCUUGAACAAGAUGGUUUUUGCAUAUGGAGAGGUCAAGACACAGAAUGAAGCCUUCGACAUUCUUGAGAAGGUGUCGGGAGAAACUGUGACACGAGAAUUCAUGACUAAGGAAGAGCUGGAAGGCAUUAUCUCCCAGGGUCGCACAGGUCAGGACAUUAUGACAAUCAACCCCGAGAUUGGUAUGGGAGAGUAUCGGAAUCUGCUUGGUAUUCGAGGCGAGAAUACUCCUGAGUAUGCACGCUAUCUUGGAUAUCUUGAUGCGAGGGAAUUAUAUCCAGAUGUGAAGUUCACAAGCUUUGAAAACUAUGUCAGAGGUAUCUUGCAAACAGUUUGA